CGUCGAGCAGCCAAUCGAAGUUGCCCUACAUUUCAACUCACACUUCGACAACCACUUGACAUUCCAGAACCCGCGCGCAAUUGUUGCCCAGCAUGGCUAGCAAGGCGAGAUCUGCUUUCAUGAAGAACUGGUACUCUCCAGAGGUAAUUCCAGUCGUUUUCGUCACCGCAGUCGCUGCUGGAGGCGCUGCUUGGUACGUCACUAGGCUGGCACGUGGUCCGGAUGUCAUUUGGGACCGCAAGAACAACCCCACCCCUUGGAACAAUGUUCAGCCCGGCACUCAGACCAAGCUGAUGACGGUCAACCAAGAAUUCGAGCGCAAAUACAAGCGCGACAGACUCUAAUCUGUUCGUCCCGAAAGACGUGUAAAGAGAGGCAGCAAAGGCUUCUGAGGUUCAAGCAACAGGGCAUUUGGCCGCCAGCCCUGUACCGAGAUGCGUCUUGCUCGACUUUGUCCAUUGUAUGCUCUCUCGCGGUGCUCUCCAAUACAUUUCUGACCUCCUUUUAUCGGAGUGAGGCAGGGUCGCAAGCGACGCCUGAAGUAGCUUGCCAGUGCCCGGAUGCCUUUCACGAAAAUUAGAC